UUGAAAUGAGAGACAUUUCAAUGUUUCUGCAAGAAUAGAUUUCCAUCAAAGGUGAAAUAUUUUUUGCCAAAAUCAAGUGUGAAAGGCAGUUCUGACAAUAAUCUUCUGUCAGCACUACAGAACUGUUUUUUCUUGGCUUCAAAAGUCUUUCAUUCAGGCUAGCUAUCGUGCCGGGGUUUUUUAUGUUUAACUUUUGUGUGAGCGUUUCGAGACGGGCACAGAAGCCGGCUGACUGUUGGUGUAACACGCUGUUCCCUCGUGUUCCGCCGGGGAUUGCUUGACAAAGCGCCAGGUCCUGUGUCAGCAGUGGAGGGGAGCAGAACACGGAUGCAGAAUUAAGUCCUACAGUCAUUGAAGAAUGAGUGAAUUUCAGCCUUCUUGUCAGAAUGGUACACCAGGCUUGUUUAACAGAUCUUGGAGUGGAUGGCACCAUUACCAGGUGAUCGGUGCUGCAGAGACAAUCAUCCUUCCCUCUCUGAUUGGGAUUAUCUGUUCAACAGGCUUAGUUGGAAAUAUCCUCGUUGUGUUCACAAUAAUAAGGUACCUCACUCUUGUCCAGCCGUUUCGUCUAACCCAUCUGAGAACAAGAUAAAAAAUGAUUAGAAUAAAUUUAUGUUUAUGGGUGGCAUCGCUUGUUCUGAUGAUCCCUGUGUGGGUCUACUCAAAACUAAUCAAGUUCAAAGAUGAUUUGGAAAGUUGCAUUUUUGAUUUAACCUCACCUGAUGAUGUUAGAAGAUAUACACUUUAUCUUACUAUAACUACUUUCUUUUUUCCUUUAUCACUGAUUUUUAUUUGCUAUAUUUUAAUUUUAUGUUACGCAUGGGAGAUGUAUCAGCAAAACAAGCAAGCAGGAAGUUACACCGCCAGUAUCAGCAGGCAAAGAAUGUUGAGGCUCACUAAGAUGGUGCUUGCUCUAGUCAGCAUGACUGUGGUAAGUGCUGCCCCAUUCCAUGUGAUCCAGCUCAUGAAUCUUCAGGUUUCUCAGCCAACCCUGACCUUCUACGUGAGCUACUACGUCUCCAUCUGCCUCAGCUAUGCCAGCAGCAGCAUCAGUCCCUUUCUCUACAUCCGGCCUAGUGGGAACUUCCAGAAGUGUCUCUGGCAGUGCACAAAUGUGGAAGUCAGGAUGGUAGAACAGGAUGUCAACGUCAUUCAAAACACCCUCAAGUCAAGUUUUUGA